CAUCAGACCAUGUCUUCCAACAUGUACAACUUUCCCGAGAAGGGGGACGAACGAUACUCUUCACAACGUGUACAGAGGGGCUUCGAGCAGCCACCGUAUACUGGCGCUGCAAACGGUUUUGCAGCCCCACCAAGUUACGAUCAGACAUAUGCAAGGCAGGAUGCGGGUGCAUCGGGAACUUAUGCGAACAAUCUCUACGCAUCGUCUCAGACGAGCUCUUACGCCACACCAGACAUGCAGCGUACCCAGACUGGACAAUUGCAGGCACACUCAUAUGUAGGCCAAUAUAGCUCGAACCCGCAGGGUCCCCAAGGAUCAUAUGCAGGCUCGCCAUAUACCGCGCCGACCCCUUAUCGGCAACCGAGUCCUGCAGGCUCGUAUACUGCCCCAAGCGGCCAAUCGUACACCUCCGAAAAGGAUAUCUACACUCCACCUCCAGAAGGCAUGCGCAACGCGCCAUCAUCCGGCUACGGCGAACCUUCUUCUCGGGACUAUUCCCCUUCCCCUGGAUAUGGAUCGUCGCAGACGAUUAGAGGGCCUACCAGCUAUCUCAGGUCCAUGGGCGGGCAAGGGUCGAGCUCCAGUGGUGGCUUACUAGGCAAACUGAAGGACUUCGCUCCCGGUCAAAGCGUAGACGCACUGAUCAACCCGCCGCCCCCGUCAUUCCAGCGUGCGCCCGCGGCAAACCUACCUUAUCCGCCGUUCGAGCCCACCUCACUCGUCGGCACUUCCAACGAACUUAGCAAUGGCUUCCCCGCCCUUCCUCCUCCGAUCAUGGGUGGCCCUCAUCCAUUCCCGACGCAUGACGUGCAUGAGGAGGACUGGACGCGAUUCCUGCACGACGUGAAGGCUGCUGCAUCGUUGUCAGGGACGGACCGUAUUGUGUCUAACGUUGCGCCCAUGGCUGCAGGGCUCAGCUUCGGUGUCGGGCUGCUUUUGACCAGAGGAAUUGAAAAGCACCAGAAGGGCAAGAAGUCUGGCGUUGUCGGCGAGCUAAUCGACUAUUGGAAUCACCACUUCUUUAAUCCACGACGCAUCAAUGUUGUACUCGCACGAGGAGCGUCGAGCUACAGCGGGCCCGAUGUGCCGCCCCCGGAUAUGGCAUAUUACUACAACAACGGCAGUCAAAGCCGCUACGACUCGGACUCGGACAGCGAUUCGGACGGCGACAGACACCGUGAUAGGAGAGAGCGGAGGCAUCGAGACAAGGAACUUAGAAAGGAACGGCGAAAGGCGCGAAAGGAGCUGAAGAGAGACGCAAAACGUCACGAGCGGGAUCAAUGGCGUCUGGUGGUGGCGUACAGGGGCGAUGGUGCAUACAGGUACUAAUCAUGGGAUACUUGGGUGCCUUUGCACAAUCAAGUACAUAAUCCACCUGCACCGGUACUCCACUCUUCUGUCUAAUUAUAGUUCUUUGGCUGCUCUCAUGGCAAUAUGUACAUUGGCGCUUAGCAUAUCGAUCGUACAGAAGGAA